GCGUAUGAAGUGCUGACUCAGCAAAAGCACAACAAAAGCAAACAGCAAGCAGCGGCGGAGAUGGACAAGUUGAGCGACAAGCAGCUGCGGGAUGGCAAGCUCAUGUUUGCGCACUACGACACAGAUCACGAUGGCAAGCUGAGCCUGGAGGAGGCAAAGGAGGCCCUGGUUGCUCUUGGCGUCACAGUCGACAACAUUCACAGGUUUGACCUGCGCAAGACAGGAACGCUUGAGCUGGGUCCAUUCCUGCGCGCCGUCGCUCAGGGCUUCGAGACAACAGAGUUGACAGGGUCACAUUUGAAGCUUGCGUUUGCUGAUUGGGACACCAGUGGAGAAGGGUACAUCACGCCGAAGCAGAUCAAGCACCUCAUGCAACAGGGAGGCUACCCGCCGGGCAUCACAGAGGCCGACAUCAACGAGCUUAUCCAGGUCGCAGACGACAACGGCGACGGCAAGCUCAGCUUACAAGAGAUGUCGCAGUUGCUGAUGGGCUGAAAAAUGUGUAUCCUGCUUCUCUUGUGUCUUUAUUUUGUCCUGUUACACAACAUGCACCCUUCCACAUUUCAACUACUGUCGUCUUGCGCUUGUCUGUGCUGCCAACCCAACAGCCACAAUGCUAGCCUCGUUGGUGCUUGCAUUGAUGCGAUAAAUGAAUCGAAUCGAAUGGAA